GCCCUGCCGCCACCACACCGCUUCCGUUCUAGCACCGACAACAGCUGCUGCCGCCAACGACAACGAUUUGCGCGCGCGGACGAGUCGGGCGACGUCGUUCUGCUUCCCGUUUGGUGCCUACCGCUUACUGCUUAGUCGUUUCUCGUUUGCCACUUUGCCAGACACUGGUCGGACGCUUUCCCGCCACCUCUGCCGCCGUCGACGGAGACGUCCCUCCUCGUGUAUUAUGACAGCCGGCCGGUCGCAACGCGUCUAACACAAAUAAUAUUUUAAUCAUUCAACCGACAACCGUCCGACUCGCCUCGUGUCGGUCACCAACCCGCGUCUGUUGACCGGCCGAUCGGUGAAUAAUUACUCUAUUUUGGUAUAAUACCAAUAUAAUUUCGUUUUGUCGUGUUUUUUUCUUUUGCUACGACCAUCAUGGCUGUCAACGGUUCAGACGUCAACAAGGUGACCGUCGUUCUAGGCGCCCAAUGGGGCGAUGAAGGCAAGGGCAAGGUGGUCGACAUGUUGGCCGCCGACGCGGACCUCGUGUGCAGGUGUCAGGGAGGAAAUAAUGCAGGCCACACUGUUGUUGUGGAUAAUAAGGAAUUUGAUUUUCACUUACUGCCAAGUGGAAUCAUAAAUCCCAAUUGCAAAUCUGUUAUUGGUAAUGGAGUCGUUAUUCAUCUACCUGGGUUAUUCGAUGAGUGCAGUAAAAAUGAAAAGAAAGGGCUAUUGGACUGGAAAAAACGAUUGUUAAUAUCUGAUCGUGCUCAUCUUGUGUUUGAUUUCCAUCAGCAAGUGGAUGGUCUUCAAGAAAUGGAAAAGGGUAAAAAGUCAUUAGGAACAACUAAAAAAGGGAUUGGGCCAACUUAUGCUUCUAAGGCAACUAGAAAUGGUCUAAGAUUGGCGGAUUUACUCGGAGAUUUCAACAUGUUUAAAGAAAAGUUUUACAACUUAGUCGAUAUACAUAAAAGGAUGUUUCCAUUACUAGAAGUUGAUCCAGAAGAAGAAUUAAAGAAAUAUGAAUAUUAUGCUAAUGAAUUAAGACCAUUAGUAGUAGAAACUGUUGGAUAUUUGCAUUCUGCAUUAAGAGAAGGAAAACGAAUUUUGGUGGAAGGUGCCAAUGCAGCAAUGUUAGAUAUUGAUUUUGGUACAUAUCCAUAUGUAACAUCGUCAAAUUGUAGUAUUGGUGGUGUUUGUACUGGUCUUGGUUUGCCUCCAUCUAGAAUUGGCGAUGUUAUUGGAGUUGUCAAAGCAUAUACUACAAGAGUUGGUGAUGGGCCAUUUCCAACAGAGUUAUUUGAUGAUGUUGGUGAAAAACUACAGACAAUUGGAAAUGAGAUUGGUGUUACAACCAAGCGAAAGCGUCGAUGUGGAUGGUUGGAUAUCCCACUUUUAAAAUAUACUUCAAUGGUCAAUGGAUAUACUAAAAUUUGUCUGACCAAACUUGAUAUAUUAAAUACUUUUGAUGAAGUAAAAAUUGGAGUGGAAUAUCAGUUAAAUGGAAAAGCACUCGAUUAUUAUCCAUCCAGUUUAUUUGAACUUUCAUCUGUUGAAGUUAAAUAUUUAACGUUGCCUGGUUGGAAAACUGAUAUUAGUGGCAUUAGAAAAUUUGAUAAUCUACCCGAGAAUGCGAAAAAAUUUGUGUUAACCAUCACAGAACUGCUUGAUGUACCAGUUAAAUGGGUUGGAGUUGGCCAAGGAAGAGAAUCAAUGAUUAAUGUUGAAAAUUGAUAUUUGUUUUUAAAUAUUCACUGAAUAAGAUUUUAAUGUUAUUUUCUUUUGUGAAAAUUUUAACUGGAAAAAUUUUUUCUGGU